CCAGCAGCAGGAGCUGCACAGCAGCACCACAGCCGCCGCGGCAGCCACAGUGGCCACAGCAGCGCGAGCGCGAGGCUCGCGGCGCAGCGUGGCGGAGAGCGGAGAGCGGAGGGGCGGCGGCGCCAGCCCCAGCCGAGCCGAGCCGAGCCGAGCGCGCAGCCGGGCCGCCGCCGCCGCCUCGCAGAUGCCAUCACAGCAACAAAGAGCUCGCUGAGCUCAGAGCCGCGGCGAGAGCUCGCCUGGACGCUACCGCGGAGCCCGCGGCAGCGGCAGGAAGCGCGUGGGGGGCCUCGGGGAGGGGAGGAGGCAGAAGAUGGCUCAGAAGAGAAAGCCCCCCAGCAGCAAGGGUGAUCCAAGGGUAUUUGAUCCUCAUUUCAAGGGGCCUGUUACCAACAGGAGGUGUACAGAUGUUCUGUGCUGUGUAAUCUUCAUGCUCUUCAUUAUGGGCUACAUUCUUUUAGGACUUACAGCUUGGGUACAUGGUGACCCCAGGAGAGUGGCCUAUCCUACAGACAGCACAGGCCACUUUUGUGGCCAGAAGGGCACCCCCAAUGAGAACAAGACAGUUUUGUUUUACUUUAACCUGUUCAGCUGUUCCAGUCCCUCAGUGAUGGUAAACUUACAGUGCCCUACCACACAGAUUUGUGUGUCUAAGUGCCCAGAAAAAUUUUUAACCUAUGUGGAAAUGCAAUUUACAUACAGACAAGACAAAAACUACUGGACAUACUACAGCCAGUUUUGCAAGUCCAAUUCUGUUAAACCUGCAAAGACUCUCGCACAACUUUUACUGGAUGAUGAUUGUCCAACAGUGAUUUUUCCAAGCAAACCUUUUCUCCAGAGAUGUUUCCCUGACUUCUCUACUAAAAAUGGCACUUUAACAGUAGGAAAUAAGACAAUGUUUGAAGAUGGAAAUGGAAAGAAAAGAAAUGUUAUAGAACUCAGGGCAGCAGCAAAUGGUGUCAAUAAAAUCCUUCAAGCAAGAACAAUUGGAAUGAAAGUGUUUGAAGACUAUGCUACAACUUGGUAUUGGAUACUCAUUGGUCUGACUAUCGCCAUGCUCCUCAGCUGGUUGUUUGUGAUACUCCUGAGGUUCACAGCUGCAUUCCUCUUCUGGGUGCUCAUGUUGGGUGUGCUCGGAAUCAUAGGGUAUGGAAUAUGGCACUGUUACCGGGAAUACAGCAUUCUUCAGGGAAAGCCAAAUUCUCACUUAACUAUAUAUGACAUUGGAAUUCAGACGGAUAUAAGCUUGUACUUUCAACUGAAACAAACAUGGUUCGCAUUUUUGAUAAUACUCUGCAUCGUUGAAGCGCUUGUCAUCCUCAUGCUGAUCUUCCUCAGGGAGAGAAUCCGCAUCUCCAUCGUCCUGCUGAAGGAAGGGAGCAAAGCUAUUGGAUAUAUCCCUACUACAUUAAUUUAUCCGUUCUUAACUUUCAUUUUCCUCUCAAUCUGCAUUUCCUACUGGGCUGUGAUAGCAGUUUAUUUGGCUACAUCAGGGGUACCUAUAUACAAAGUAAUAACCCCAGAGGGGCAAUGCAAAUACGAAAAUAACACCUGUGACCCAGAGAUUUUUAAUACAACUGAAAUUGCCAAAACUUGUCCUGGGGCUCAGUGUAUUUUUGUUUCUUAUGGUGGAAAGAGCCUGUACCAUCAAUACAUCACUACCUUCCAGAUUUUCAAUAUGUUUGUCUUCCUCUGGCUUAUAAACUUUAUUAUUGCGCUGGGUCAGUGUGCCCUUGCUGGUGCCUUUGCUUCUUAUUACUGGGCCUUGAAAAAACCUGAUGACAUCCCACCAUAUCCACUCUUUACUUCAUUUGGACGAGCCAUACGGUAUCACACAGGAUCCCUAGCAUUUGGAUCUUUAAUUCUUGCAUUAAUUCAAAUGUACAGAUUAGUCCUAGAAUACUUGAACAAACAUCUUAAAGAUGCCCAGAACAGAAUUUCUAAAUUCCUACAAUGCUGCCUGAAAUGCUGUUUCUGGUGUUUGGAAAAUGUGGUAAAGUUUUUGAACAGAAAUGCCUAUGUUAUGAUUGCAAUAUAUGGCAAAAACUUCUGCAGGUCAGCGAGAGAUGCAUUCAAUCUGAUGAUGAGAAAUAUUUUAAAAGUUGCAGUUAUGGAUAGAGUUACAGACUUUGUACUAAUCCUGGGGAAAAUUCUAGUUUCUGGGUGCAUAGGUGUUCUGGCCUUCUUACUCUUCACACAAAGAAUUCCAAUGAUCAUAGAAGGACCAACAUCUUUAAAUUACUACUGGGUACCUCUGCUGACAGUCAUUAUCGGGGCUUACCUCGUUGCGCAUGGGUUCUUCAGCGUCUAUGCAAUGUGUAUCGAUACGAUUUUCAUCUGCUUCUGUGAAGAUCUGGAAAGAAAUGAUGGAUCUACAGAAAAACCCUACUUCAUAGCCCCUACCCUGCACGGAAUUCUGAACAAGAAGCAACUAGUUUCCCCGAAGCAAAAAAAGUAGAAAAGCUCCAAACAGUGCCACUCAUUUUUAUGUAGUUUUGUAAAUUAGGUCAUUUGUAAUUUGAAAAUAACAUUUUUGAGCAAUGUGAAAUGUCUGUGCUUACUCUGAAAAAGCCAGAACCAUCUGCGGUGUAAGGCAUUUGAUGACAGUAGCCUUUGUGAAAUAGGACACCUUAUAGACUGUGGUUCCAGAUGAAAAGCAAAGUGUAAAUGUCAGAUAUUUUUUAAAAUUCUGUACCCGGAAAUGUUUUAAAACUUUUGUAACUCAGUGUGCUGUUUCCCAUUGCAGCACUUUGAUAGCCUUUCUUUUUAUAAAUGUAUAUUUGUAAAGGAUAUUCAGGCAGUUUUUGAAAACACUAUACAUGUAUAAUCAAUUAGCCAUGAAAUAACUGAUUUAUAGUUACCCAGCAUAUGGUACUCAAUUUGUAAAUAUGGUGCUAUGGUUAUACAUAUACUGCUCAAGCUAGUGGACGACUCUCUAAACUGUGAUUAAACUUGUAUUAAUGGUUCCCUGGGAAGUAUAUUUCAGUAAGUAAUUCAAGAUCAUAACAAACAUAUAGCUGUUAAUGUAAUACAGAUUCCAUAGAGAGCAUUACUAGGUAAAAAUUACUUCAUAGCCCGUUUUUUUUAGUGAAAUUAUAUUUAUAGUGAAGUCGAAACUGAAUUCUGUGAUGUCAUUUCCAGUAACAUGAAACUCUGGAAACCAUGAAAAUACUCUGAACAAAACUGAAAUGGCCACAUAACUAAUGACUUUUGUCUCUAACCCAAAUAGAGACAAAUUCCUAUUUUCCUAUUCUCACAAUAUAGAAAAUUGGUAUGUAUUUAUUCAGAGCAUGAUUGUGUAUUUUAUGAGCAUACCUGGUUCAAGAUUCUGUGUGUGCUUUUGUUCUGCAAAAGGUUUAAUUUUAGCUCAACUUUGUGAGGAAAGAGAAAAGAUAAGUAAGACAUUUCAAUUUUAGCCUAAGAAAAUAUACUACAGGCCUCCAUAGGUACCUUACAUAGUACCUUAGCAAGGGGAACACUAUGAGUUAGGAAAUCUCUCUCUCGAUGGUUUAAGAAGAAAGUUAUUUUCAUCAUCCAUCCCUACUGGCCAGAGCGACAGUGGGUUCUGGCCGCUGCCUUAGUCUUUUGCAUGGCAGAGCAGAGCAUGGAUUAGGCACUCAUGUACUUUGCCUACCCAUCCUCUGUACGCAAAUGUGUUUGAUAUGGCUAACAGCGUAAAACUGUACCCCCAAAAGGUACAUUGAAUCAAUACCCUUUUGGCUUUUACACUAAAUAUUCUUUUGGAUUUUAAAAUGAGCUUGUGUAUAAGGAUUAUUUAUGUACUGACAGAAAGGAACAUACUGAUCUAACAUUUUGACCUAAAUGUGAUCCAUGUGUCCAAGAAGAGAGACAUAAAUGUCUUAUUGUGUUACCAAUUGAUAUUAAUACUAAUUUAUUUAAUGAUCCUGAAGUAUGGAAACCUAGAUGUAAACUGACUCCAUGGCAGCUUAAUGGCAAGAAGCCAAUGAAUAGGGAAGAUUUUCAAAAUAUCAGGCCUUAUAAUGGUCACCAUGUUGUUCUUAGCUUACUUUCUUGGGAUUAUUGUAGUCAAAACUGUUGCUUGGCUUCACAUCUUGGCAAAAGGUCUUCACUCUCAUUCUCCUUGAAAUACAAUUCAGAGAAGAGUGAUAUCCUAUCUUUCUAGAUGGUUAUUAUUAUUUUAUAUUCAAUAAUACGGGGUCACAACAAAGAUCUAGUAAAAUAGUUACUUCUAUUUUAAGUGUUGAAAAAUUAUAAGGAAUAAAUCACCUUUAGGAGUAGUCAAAAGGCUCAUAAUAAUAACACAAAAGAAAUUGUUCUGGUAUGUAUCAGAAUCAUUCUAAGAACUUGUAAUGAAUAUAGAUGUCUUAGCCCCUUCACAAGAGAUUCUGAUUAAGUAUUUGGAUGUGGGGCAGCUUGUGAAUUAUUAAUAAGUUCUCUAGCUGAUUCUGAUACAUGUAAAAGUUGCAAAAUCACUUGAAUAAAAAAUAAAUCAACAUGUAAGAACAAAUUGCUUAUUUUCUCCUUAUAUUCUUGGCUGUCCUAGGAAUUAGAAAACAAGACAAAGCAGAUUAAUUUGGAGACUUCUGACAAUCACAACUUCUUCUGUAUUUUAGGUUCUUGGUACUAGAUAGGCCCAUGUAUUAAAUGUUGAAUAUUGUAUCUGCUGAUCAAACCAGAAAAUUAUCUAUAAUAAAAGUGCUCAUUGAACUCUAUGGAGGUACAUUCUAAACUCGUUAUAGUUUAAGGAUAAAACCCUUGAGUGCAAAAUGGAAAAGGAAUGCCAUUUGGUUCAGUAUUUCUUAAUAAGUUCUUUAACACUUAAGAAUCUCUAAGCAGAGAAGUUUUAACUAUAUUAUGGGCUUCUUUCUAGUCAGAAAAAUAUGCUCCAUUAAUUUCUUCUUUGCAUAAUCAUUAAAUAAAGAGUAAGAAUGAGCAUUGUUUUGAGGAAAAAUUUCAAAAUCUAUUUCCUUACAAAGCAAUGAAAGUAAUAACUGAAAACAACACAGCAAUAGUUUUCAAAAUUUGCACUGUAAGGAUUUGAAAUAUACUAAAAUUUUACAAAUCUUAUUUUUAAAACGAUGCUCUCUGAAUUGCUGAUGGCUAACCAAAAACAAUCUUGCACAAAUAUGGUAAUUUAGAAAUUAAGUGCAUAAUACUUUUUAGGAAUUUGAAGGUGAAUUUAAGAAUUCUUGAUGAACUUUUUUAAUAAUUAAGUUUGCUAUGCAAAAGAAGAUAAAAAUUUUUUCCUCAGUCACGCGGCUGAGAGGCACGCACUAUUAGUAGAAUCUGACCUGGUGCAGAGAAUGAGAUAGUAUCUUACAUCAUAACAAGGGCUGAUCGUUUUCUCUUAGUUCUAUGUUUACAAUAGUGACGCCAAACGAUGCUGUUCAGAGAAAAAAAACAAA